AACAACUUAUCGAAAAACAAUCAAAGAAAGACAUGUCACAUAAAAUAAGCGAAUAUUUCGCAAACGAUCCGCCCAGUUUCUUCGAUGAGCUGGCAAACAAACCAAAGGGCAAGGACUUGCCACCAGAAGGGGGUUCCAGCAGCGCCAGUAACACCAGUACCGCCGCAAGCAUGAUGUCCAACACCUUCACCGGGUUCUUUCAGCCACCUGAAUAUGUUGAGACACCUGAGGCAGGAGAGGAUUCCGUAAAAGUCAGUGACGACGUAAGAAAUCUAUGGGAGUUGCCGCGCGAAAACGAGCCGCCUGGUAAACUUAUUAUGCCGGGCAUCCAUCUGCAAAAUGACUUGGUAGAUCCCAUCAGCGUGGCGGUGACCCAACACCUCGGAGAGGCAGAGUUGUCCUACCGAAAGAUCCUUCGCGUCGAUGAUGUCACUCAGGACGAGCGCGGAUUGAGAACAUUAAUCCACGCCGGUUGCUAUCGCACUGCCGUGAAUCUUACUGGCCGUCUUCUGACCAUUUAUGGCCAGGGUUACGGGAGAUCUGGUCAGCCAGCCAAACACUCGCCCCACUCCCUGCAAUUGUGGUUCACGCGACUCGCACUUCUUGCCAAGUUGGGCGAGUUUGAGCUGUUGAAUGCCGAGGCAGAACCUUUCGGCCAACUUACUAGCCCCGAUGUCUUCUACGACUUCUAUCCGGAAAUGUACAAUGGCAAGAGUGGAUCCAUAGCCUGCUUUUCUUUCCGGCUUUUACUUGCAGAGCUGCCCAUUUAUCUGGGCAAACCCCACGUCGCCUUGGACAGACUUUCAGAACUUCAUGUGACCACCCGGGAAAUCAAGGAGCACUACACAAAUCUGCGCAACAAUACGGCAGAUGAGUUUUGGCAAAGGCGAUGUGAAAGGGUUCUGCAUUCAAUCAUCAACUGUGGAUUAAUGAUGAAGAAAUUCAGUAUGAUAGACGACAUAAUGGAGGGAACUCUUUUAAAGCGGUCUAGCCUGAGCAAGGAGGAUCGGCGUUCCUUGUACUCCGCUUGGGGUCGCAUUUAUCUCCAAAUUGGUGACAUAUUUGGUGCAGAGCAGAAGAUAGCCGUCUCUAGGAGAUUAAGGGAAAUAAACUCUUCGCCUGAUCUUAGAGACUUGGUCGAUAAAGGCUUAAUAGCUGUGGCCAAAAACGACUUUCCCGAGGCCUAUGUGAUAUUCCAGAAAGCUUUACACUUGGACACCGGCAACACAAUGAUCCUAAACAAUAUGGGAGUGUGCCUCCUGUAUGCCGGAAAGCUAAAGGAUGCUAUAAAUCUGUAUGAGCGCGCUAUUAACCUGAAUCCCCAGAAGUCACUGAACGAAAGUUUGCUGGUCAAUCUCUCGACUCUAUAUGAACUAGAAUCAAACAACUCCAAGGCGAAAAAGUAUAACUUGCUGCGGCUAAUUAACAGAUACAAGCCGGAUCUCAACAUAAGCAUAGAAAUUUGUCUAAAAUUGCAGACGAUAAAUUAAAGUAAAGAUAUGGUUAAACAUUCCAAUCGAGCGGAAUUUUGGGCCAACUUAAGGGAGCACCCCUUUGAAUCCGCUUGAAAAGUAUUAAAGGAAUCAAAUAAUGUACAAACA